AUGGGUCAAGAGCUGUGCACAAAGAGACUACAGCCUGGAUGCGGCUGCUCUCACUGUCCGGAGGGAGGUGAGGCACGCAGCUGCCGGAGGACUCAGCCUGGGAGCAUGGAGGCUGCCCUAGAGCUAGCAGACCUAAAAGAAGCAUCCUGUUCUAUGACUUCAUUUCACCCCAAGGGACCCCAGACUGUCAGUGCCCGGAAGUUUGUGAGUAAAAGGCCACGGAGUAACAGCGAUUCUUUUCAGGAGGAGGAUGCUGGGCAACGGUUCCAAUGGAGGAAGAGCCUUCCUUUUGGGGCAGCCUCAUCCUACUUGAACUUGGAGAAGUUGGGUGAAGGUUCCUAUGCUACAGUUUACAAGGGGAUUAGCAGGAUAAAUGGACAACUAGUGGCUUUAAAAGUUAUCAGCAUGAAUGCAGAGGAAGGAGUCCCAUUCACAGCUAUCCGGGAAGCUUCUCUACUGAAGGGUUUGAAGCAUGCCAAUAUCGUCCUCCUGCAUGACAUAGUUCACACCAAAGAGACACUGACAUUUGUUUUUGAAUACAUGCACACGGAUCUGGCACAGUAUAUGUCUCAGCAUCCAGGAGGGCUUCAUCCUCACAAUGUUAGGCUUUUCAUGUUUCAACUUUUGCGGGGCCUGGCAUACAUCCACCACCAACACGUUCUUCACAGGGACCUGAAACCUCAGAACUUGCUCAUCAGUCACCUGGGAGAGCUCAAACUGGCUGAUUUCGGUCUUGCUCGGGCCAAGUCCAUUCCUAGCCAGACAUACUCUUCAGAAGUUGUAACCCUCUGGUACCGGCCUCCUGAUGCUUUGCUGGGAGCCACUGAAUAUUCCUCCGAGCUGGACAUAUGGGGUGCAGGCUGCAUCUUUAUUGAAAUGUUGCAGGGUCAACCUUUGUUUCCUGGGGUUUCCAACAUCCUUGAACAGCUGGAGAAGAUCUGGGAGGUGUUGGGUGUCCCUACAGAGGAUACUUGGCCUGGAGUCUCCAAGCUACCUAACUACAAUCCAGAAUGGUUCCUGCUGCCUAAGCCUCAAAGCCUUCAGAUUGUCUGGAACAGGCUGGGUGGAGUUCCUGAAGCUGAAGACCUGGCCUCCCAGAUGUUGAAAGGUUUCCCCAGAGACCGAGUAUCUGCCCAGGAAGCACUGGUUCACCAUUAUUUCAGUGCCCUGCCUUCCCAGCUGUACCACCUUCCUGAUGAAGAGUCUUUGUUCACAGUUUCAGGAGUGAGGCUAAAGCCAGAAAUGUGUGACCUUUUGGCCUCCUACAGGAAGGGUCACCUCCCAACCCGGCUUAGCAAAUGCUGGUAA